GGCGGUCCCCUGUUCUCCCCGCUCAGGUGCGGCGCUGUGGCAGGAAGCCACCCCCUCGGUCGGCCGGUGCGCGGGGCUGUUGCGCCAUCCGCUCCGGCUUUCGUAACCGCACCCUGGGACGGCCCAGAGACGCUCCAGCGCGAGUUCCUCAAAUGUUUUCCUGCGUUGCCAGGACCGUCCGUCGCUCUGAGUCAUGUGCGAGUGGGAAGUCGCACUGACACUGAGCCGGGCCAGAGGGAGAGGAGUCGAGCGCGGCGCGGGGCCGAGGGACUCGCAGUGUGUGUAGAGAGCCGGGCUCCUGCGGAUGGGGGCUGCCCCCGGGGCCUGAGCCCGCCUGCCCGCCCACCGCCCCGCCCCGCCCCUGCCGCCCGGUUCCCAUUAGCCUGUCCGCCUCUGCGGGACCAUGGAGCGGUAGCCGAGGAGGAAGCAUGCUGGCCGUCGGCUGCACGCUGCUGGCUGUCCUGCUGGCCGCGCCGGGAGCGGCGCUGGCCCCAGGGCGCUGCCCUGCGCAGGAGGUGGUGAGAGGUGUGCUGAGCAGUCUUCCAGGAGACAGUGUGACUCUGACCUGCCCAGGAGUAGAGCCGGAAGACAAUGCCACUGUUCACUGGGUGCUCAGGAAGCCGGCUGCAGGCUCCCACCCCAGCAGAUGGGCUGGCAUGGGAAGGAGGCUGCUGCUGAGGUCGGUGCAGCUCCACGACUCUGGAAACUAUUCAUGCUACCGGGCCGGCCGCCCAGCUGGGACUGUGCACUUGCUGGUGGAUGUUCCCCCUGAGGAGCCCCAGCUCUCCUGCUUCCGGAAGAGCCCCCUCAGCAAUGUUGUUUGUGAGUGGGGUCCUCGGAGCACCCCAUCCCUGACGACCAAGGCUGUGCUGUUGGUGAGGAAGUUUCAGAACAGUCCGGCCGAAGACUUCCAGGAGCCGUGCCAGUAUUCCCAGGAGUCCCAGAAGUUCUCCUGCCAGUUGGCAGUCCCGGAGGGAGACAGCUCUUUCUACAUAGUGUCCAUGUGCGUCGCCAGUAGUGUCGGGAGCAAGUUCAGCAAAACUCAAACUUUUCAGGGUUGUGGAAUCUUGCAGCCUGAUCCGCCUGCCAACAUCACAGUCACUGCCGUGGUCAGAAACCCCCGCUGGCUCAGUGUCACCUGGCAAGACCCCCACUCCUGGAACUCAUCUUUCUACAGACUACGGUUUGAGCUCAGAUAUCGGGCUGAACGGUCAAAGACAUUCACAACAUGGAUGGUCAAGGACCUCCAGCAUCACUGUGUCAUCUACGACGCCUGGAGCGGCCUGAGGCACGUGGUGCAGCUUCGUGCCCAGGAGGAGUUCGGGCAAGGCGAGUGGAGCGAGUGGAGCCCGGAGGCCAUGGGCACGCCUUGGACAGAAUCCAGGAGUCCUCCAGCUGAGAACGAGGUGUCCGCCCCCACGCAGGCACUUACUACUAAUAAAGAUGAUGAUAAUAUUCUCUUCAGAGAUUCUGCAAAUGCGACAAGCCUCCCAGUGCAAGAUUCUUCUUUGGUACCACUGCCCACAUUCCUGGUUGCUGGAGGGAGCCUGGCCUUUGGAACGCUCCUCUGCAUUGCCAUUGUUCUGAGGUUCAAGAAGACGUGGAAGCUGCGGGCUCUGAAGGAAGGCAAGACAAGCAUGCACCCGCCGUACUCUUUGGGGCAGCUGGUCCCGGAGAGGCCUCGACCCACCCCAGUGCUUGUUCCUCUCAUCUCCCCACCGGUGUCCCCCAGCAGCCUGGGGUCUGACAAUACCUCGAGCCACAACCGACCAGAUGCCAGGGACCCACGGAGCCCUUAUGACAUCAGCAAUACAGACUACUUCUUCCCCAGAUAGCUGGCUGGGUGGCACCAGCAGCCUGGACGCUGUGGAUGACAGAACACAAACGGGCUCAGCAAAAGAUGCUUCUCACUGCCAUGCCAGCUUAUCUCAGGGGCGUGCGGCCUUUGGCUUCACGGAAGAGCCUUGCAGAAGGUUCUACGCCAGGGGAAAAUCAGCCUGCUCCAGCUGUUCAGCUGGUUGAGGUUUCAAACCUCCCUUUCCAAAUGCCCAGCUUAAAGGGGUUAGAGUGAACUUGGACCACUGUGAAGAGAACCGUAUCAAGACUCUUUGGACACUCACACGGACACUCAAAAGCUGGGCAGGUUGGUGGGGGCCUCAGUGUGGAGAAGCUGCUGGCAGCCCACCCCGCAACACCUCUGCACAAGCUGCACCCUCAGGCAGGUGGGAUGGAUUUCCAGCCAAAGCCUCCUCCAGCCGCCAUGCUCCUGGCCCACUGCAUCGUUUCAUCUUCCAGCUCAAACUCUUAAAACCCAAGUGCCUUUGCAAAUUCUGUUUUUCUAAGGCUGGAGACGGCUUUUACUUAAAUUGCCAAGGCUGGGGGAAGAAGCUCUCUCCUCCCUUUCUUCCCCACAGUUGAAAAACAGCUGAGGGUGAGUGGGUGAAUAAUACAGUAUCUCAGGGCCUGGUCGUUUUCAACAGAAUUAUAAUUAGUUCCUCAUUAGCAUUUUGCUAAAUGUGAAUGAUGAUCCUAGGCAUUUGCUGAAUACACAGGCAACUGCAUUGGCUUUGGGUUGCAGGACCUCAGGUGAGAAGCACAGGAAGGAGAGGAGAGGGGCACAGGGUCUCUACCAUCCCCUGUAGAGUGGGAGCUGAGCGGGGGAUCACAGCCUCUGAAAACCAAUGUUCUCUUUUCUCCACCUCCCACAAAGGAGAGCUAGCAGCAGGGAGGGCUUCUGCCAUUGCUGAGAUCAAAACUGUUUCACUGCAGCUUUGUUUGUUGUCAGCCGAACCUGGGUAACUAGGGAAGAUAAUAUUAAGGAAGACAAUGUGAAAAGAAAAAUGAGCCUGGCAAGAAUGCAUUUAAACUUGGUUUUUAAAAAACUGCUGACUGUUUUCUCUCAAGAGGGUGGAAUAUCCAAUAUUCGCUGUGUCAGCAUAGAAGUAACUUACUUAGGUGUGGGGGAAGCACCAUAACUUUGUUUAGCCCAAAACCAAGUCAAGUGAAAAAGGAGGAAGAGAAAAAAUAUUUUUCCUGCCAGGCAUGGUGGCUCACGCCUGUAACCCCAGCACUUCGGGAGGUCGAGGCGGGAGGAUCACUUGAGUCCAGGAGUUUGAGAUCAGCCUGGGCAAUGUGGUAAAACCCCAUCUCUACAAAAAGCAUAAACAUUAGCCAAGUGUGGUAGAGUGCGCCUGAAGUCCCAGAUACUUGGGGGGCUGAGGUGGGAGGAUCUCUUGAGCCUGGGAUGUCAAGGCUGCAGUGAGCCGAGAUUGCGCCACUGCACUCCAGCCUGGUUGACAGAGCAAGUGAGACCCUGUCUCAAAAAAAAAAAAAAAAAAAAAAGAAAAGAAAAAAUGUUUUCCCUAUUAGAGAAGAGAUUGUGGUUUCAUUCAUUCUGUAUUUUGUUUUUGUCUUAAAAAGUGGAAAAAUAGCCUGCCUCUUCUCUACUCGAGGGAAAAACCAGCGUGUGACUACUCCCCCAGGCGGUUAUGGAGAGGGUGUCUGGUCCUUGUCCCAAUGCUGAGAAGGAAGCCUCCCACGACUACCCGGCAGGGUCCUAGAAAUUCCCCACCCUGAAAGCCCUGAGCUUUCUGUUAUCAAAGAGGAGGUUUUAAAAAAAUCCCAUUUAAAAAAAAAUCCCUUACCUCAGUGCCUUCCUGUUUUUAUUUAGUUCCUUGAGUUGAUUAAGCUCUGCAAAAAUUGAAGCAGGACUAAAUGUCUACUUGUAACACCGUGAUUAACCACUUCAGCUGACUUUUCUGUCUGAGCUUUGAAAAUUCAGUGGUGUUAGUGGUUACCCAGUUAGCUCUCAAGUUGUCAGGGUAUUCCAGAGUGGGGAUAUGAUUUAAAUCAGCCGUGUAACCAUGGACCCAAAAUUUACCAGACCACAAAACUUUUCUAACAGUCUACCCUCUUAGAAAAACCACCACCAUCACCAGACAGGUGCGAAAGGAUGAAAGUGACCAUGUUUUGUUUAUGGUGUUCCAGGUUUAAGCUGUUAAUGUCUUCAGUAAGCCGUGACUUUCAUUGCUGGGCUUGUCUGUAGAUUUUAGACCCUAUUGCUGCUUGAGGCAACUCAUCUUAGGUUGGCAAAAAGGCAGGAUGGCCGGGCACGGUGGCUCACACCUGUAAUCCUAGCACUUUGGGAGGCCGAGGUGGGAGGAUUGCUUGAGCUCAGGAGUUUGAGACCAACCUGGGUAACAUAGUGAGACACCAUCUCUAUUAUAAACAAUAACAUUUAAGAAAAAAAAAAGGCAGGCAGGCGGUUAUGGUGGUUCCCUCCCAUCCCGCCACAUAAAGUUUCUGAGACUUGAGAACAGCAAAAAUGCUGUUAAAGGGAAAUAAUAAAGAAUGAGAAUCUGCAGCAAGGGUGAUUCUGUGCCCACAGUUCUUCAAUUCUUUAUACCGUUUUACCCACAUGUGGUGUUACCAAAGCCGGGCAGAACCAUGCUAGCGGAAGAUGUGAAAUCCAGAUAGCUCAUUAUUGCCAAGAGCUAGGCAGCUUUGAUCUCCAAAUUGUUACUGCUUUCAUUUUUAUUGUAAUGGAACUGCUUUUUUUGUUUUGUUUUUUUUUGUUUCUGUAUUGAAGAGGGUUAUUUUCCCUUUAUUUUUCAUAAGCUAAUGUAAAUGAAGAAAAAAUGUCUUCUCUGGGCUGUAGGCCUGGCUCAGUGUACACAGGUAUACAUCCUAAGCUCUCUCUGUUCGCUAAUCUGUGUGACUGAACAUGUGUCUCAAUCCACGGGGCAUUUCUACCUGUGUUUCUGCAGCACCCCCACUGCCUUGAGUCCCCAGCAGUGCUGUUAUUUGCCUAACACCUGUAGCCAUCUGCCACGCAGCCAGACAUGAAACGCUGGGACAGAGACCAUUUAGGUUAAAUACGACAGCUUAUCCUGCUGGGUGGGGAAAGUAAAAAAUAUGCUUGUUCAAGGCCUAAAGUAAAAUGAUGAAUAAUGUUUGUAGCAUUAAUGAAAUAUUUUCAAGAAAUGUGUCCGGGGGUAGCACUGGCUAUGUUGACGAGGCCUUUGGUAACUCAGAGAGCUCUUGGCCCUGAUGGAGACUUGCCCUUGCACUUUCUUAUCAGGCUCUGAGCUCACAUGGAGCCUCUGGCAUUUCCCUGCUGUCUUGGGAGAAAGGAAACUGGCUGCCGCGGCAGAUUGUGGAAUCUGCUGCUGGAACCAGGCUGGAAGCCCACCUGGUAGUGAACAGGGCCCAGCGGGGCAGCCUGGGAGUGUUGUGGCCUAUGGGUUUGUUUCCUGGAGAAUGUUCAGGAAUGUCUUCCCGGCUGCUUUGGUGCUGAGCUCUAUUAUCUCACAGCACGUCCUGAAGGCUAACCCAGGUGGGGAGGAUGCUGACACCAGCUCCAGGUGGAGUUGGUGGUCUUAAUUUGGAGAUGCAGGGGCAACCCGUGACCGUUUGAGGCAAGAGCCCUGCACCCGGCUGUCCCGUGCAGCCGUGGGCAGGGGCUGCACAUGGAGGGGCAGGCGGGCCAGUUCAGGGUCUGUGCCAGGCCCUCCUCAGUGCCCUGUGAAGGCCUCCUGUCCUCCGUGCGGCUGGGCACCAGCACCAGGGAGUUUCUAUGGCAACCUUAGUGAUUAUUAAGGAACAUUGUCAGUUUUAUGAACAUAUGCUCAAAUGAAAUUCUACUUUAGGAGGAAAGGAUUGGAACAGCAUGUCGCAAGGCUGUUAAUUAACAGAGAGACCUUAUUGGAUGGAGAUCACAUCUGUUAAAUAGAAUACCUCAACUCUACGUUGUUUUCUUGGAGAUAAAUAAUAGUUUCAAGUUUUUGUUUGUUUGUUUUACCUAAUUACCUGAAAGCAAAUACCAAAGGCUGAUGUCUGUAUAUGGGGCAAAGGGUCAGUAUAUUUUUCAGUGUUUUUUUUCUUUUUACCAGCUAUUUUGCAUUUAAAGUGAACAUUGUAAAUGUUUGGAAUAAAUACUUUUAAAAAAUA